UUUGACGGCACCCGCGAACCGCGCACACCAACCGUACGUGCGGACAAAGUUCCGUCCGUCUUGCGUAUAAACAACAUACCACGGGCGGAGCGAAGAAAGCCACUGAAGAACCCCACAGAAUGUGCAAAGAUUUUUGCGUUUUCCUUCCCAGUCCGCGCGAUAUCGAUUGAUUUGCGGUAGGAGUGUCGUGUCGUGAGUGCGUGCGUGCCUGCAGGGUGGCACUAUACAUUACGCCCCACCUUACCCAGGCCGCCAGUGGAUGUACGGGGGGCACUGGCUGGUUACGGUGUGCAGCAGGGUUUCGAUUAGGAGCGUAUCCUUUGGGCCACAUCCGCGACGACCAGCACCAUGGAGUAUGAGUACAUGCUGAUGAGGAACGAGAAGGAAACGCAAAACCGCUGCUGCGGUGGCCGCGUCUGGUGUGUCCAGGAUAUUUGCGGUAUCAUUUGUGCCGUCCUAACGUGGAGUUUGAUAUUGUAUGCAGAGUUUGUCGUUACAAUGGUGAUCCUGCUGCCGCAUCCUUACAAGGCAUAUCGGUACAUUAAUUUUAUUAUCUUUAACACGGGCUCGUUCCUGGCGUUUGCAUCGCACCUUCGAACCAUGCUGUCCGAUCCGGGCGCCGUGCCGAAAGGUAACGCUACGAAGGAAAUGAUCCAGCAGCUCGGCUACCAGGAGGGACAGGUGUUUUUCAAGUGUCCCAAAUGCUGCAGUAUUAAGCCGGAACGGGCGCAUCACUGUUCCGUGUGCCAGCGGUGCAUACGCAAGAUGGAUCACCACUGCCCGUGGAUAAACAAUUGCGUCGGGGAGAACAAUCAAAAGUUUUUUGUACUUUUUACGUUUUACAUCGCAUUCAUUUCCAUCCAUUCGAUAUUUCUGGCUGUAAAUCAGUUCUGUCUGUGCAUUAAGAAUGAGUGGCGAGAAUGCUCGAACUAUUCGCCACCGGCCACGGUAAUACUGUUGCUCUUCCUCAUACUGGAAGCGCUACUGUUUGCCGUCUUCACGAUGAUCAUGCUCGGCACCCAGCUGAAUGCAAUAUGGACCGAUGAAACGGGCAUAGAGCAGCUGAAGAAGGAGGAAGCCCGAUGGGUGAAGAAGUCACGCUGGAAAAGUUUUCAGGCCGUGUUUGGCCAUUUCUCGCUGGCCUGGUUUUCACCGUUUACACAACCGCUAAGAGCAAAGCACGAAAAUUAUUUAUAUUCAGUCUAAUAAAACAACAAAAACCACACACUAAAAAGAAACAAUAUU